CAAGAAAAUCAAAAGCUGCGGUUUUGGUAGGGUUUUUGACUUCUUUGUACUUUUCAAACAAAGCUUUCAUCUACAAACAUCAAUGGCGAAAUCAAUAUCAAGAAAUCAAUAUAUUCGUUAUCUCUAUCUCUCAAUUUCUUCCCAAAAAUGCCGUUCAACAAAGCCUUCAUUUCAUCUCUUACAGAGUCUUUCAAAUACACCCACCACCACCAAAUCUUUACCCCUUUCUCCAUUGGCUAUGCGUUUGGAUCGAUUGGAAAAUGGGUUGAUUUCUUACAGGUAUCUGUGCACCUCGAGUUCUAGUAAUCAAUCGAAUUCCGGUUCAGGUGGAUCUUCUGCCGGAACUAAUUCUGGAAACAGUGAGAGCUCUGAUGGUUCUCAGAAGACUAAACAGGGAAAGUCUAUUCGGGGUAGUCCUGUUUCAUGGAUGAGCUUCUUUUUACUUGUUUGCACUGGAGCAGGAUUGGUUGUCUAUUAUGACAGGGAAAAGAAACGGCAUAUCGAAGAUAUCACCAAUGCCUCAACUUCCGUAAAGCAAGGACCUUCAGUAGGAAAAGCAGCCAUUGGUGGUCCGUUUAGUCUUAUUGACCAUAAUGGAAAACCAGUAACUGAGAAAGACUUCUUUGGCAAGUGGACAGUUGUAUAUUUUGGUUUCACUCACUGUCCAGAUAUAUGUCCGGAUGAGCUACAAAAACUCGCUACUGCAGUUGAUAUAAUUAAGGAGACGUCUGGAAUUGAAAUAGUACCUGUAUUUAUCUCAGUGGAUCCUGAAAGAGAUACGGUUGAGCAAGUAGACGAAUAUGUUAAAGAGUUCCACCCAAACUUGAUUGGCCUCACUGGUAGCCCAGAAGAAAUAAAGAAAACAGCACGUGCUUAUCGGGUUUACUAUAUGAAGACAGAAGAAGAAGGCUCAGACUACCUUGUUGAUCACUCAAUAGUCAUGUAUCUUAUGGAUCCUAAGAUGGAAUUUGUGAAGUUUUUUGGGAAGAACAACGACGUUGGCAUGCUUACCGAUGGAAUAAUUAAGGAGAUAAAGCAAUACAAGAAAGUCAAGGCAUAAUACUCUUUGAACGUCUAGCUGUUGCUAGAGCAUUGAACAUUGCAUUCGGUGGAAAUUUAGAGUACUUUAGGUCUUAUACGAUAUCUGAGAAUUGUUUUUUUGAUAUCCAGCUUUCAUUUAUUUGAAGAAAACUAUUGCAGUUUAAUGGUAUACCAUGAUCCUAAAUUAGGAAUAUACUUGGCUUUCUAAGGUAUUUGUUGGUCUACUGGGAUUACCCUUUAAGUAAACAUUGUUGUCUUCAAUAAUAUGAGAUUUAUAUUAUACAAUGCAUUUUUCAGUUCCCCAGAA